AUGGCCGCCGUCUGGCAGCAGGUGCUCGCCGUGGAUGCCAGGUACGCAGCCUACCGCACACCCCGCUGGCCCCAGUUCAGAACGCAGUAUGUGCGACGCCGCAGCCAGCUGCUGCGGGAGCAAGCGCAGGGUGGUGCUCUGGAGGGGGGCACCCGGCGCUGGUACCUGCGGGUGCGCACCCGCCUGCUGGCCCAGCGCUACGGUGCCCUCUCUGAGCAGAGCAGCUGCCGCGCCCACAGCAGCAGCGCCCUCCGCGCCAGCCGCACCACCCUCGACCGCAUGGAGGACUUCGAGGAGGACCCGCGGGUGGCCCGGGGACAUCGGCGCUCCCUCAGCCGUGGCUCCCAUGCUGGGGUCCCCCGUGGGGCCCCCGAUGAGCGCCCCCCUGGGGUGGUGCCGACGCCGCUGGCAGAGGCAAGCCGUGCCAUGGCCGGGGAUACGACACUGAGCGAGAACUACGCCUUUGCUGGUGUCUACCACGUCUUUGACCAGCACACUGAUAGCGCCGUGCCAAAGGUGCAGUUCGCACACGACGACCGGCACCUGCUGGCCUGCUGCUCGCUGGACGGCACCAUCUCCGUGUGCCGGCUGGCGCCGGGGCCACCAGCAGUGCUGCGGGUGCUGCGGGGCCACGGGGGUGGCGUGGCCGACUUCGCCUGGUCCCUCUCCAACGAUGUCCUGGUGUCGGCCUCCCUGGAUGGCACCCUGCGGCUCUGGGCCCCCGCUGAUGGGCGCUGCAUCCGCCGCGUGCCCGACCCCGACGGUGCCGCCCUGCUCUGCUGCGCCUUCCAGCCGCUCAACAACAACCUCACUGUGGUGGGCAGCGCCCGGCACAUGGUGCGGGUGGUGAACAUCUCGACGGGGAAGGCGGCGCGGGGCGGGGCAGGGCGGCUGCCCGGGCGGGUGCUGGCGCUCUGCUUCGACGCCCCUGGCCGCGUCCUCUGGGCUGGCGACGACCGUGGUUCCGUCUCCUCCUUCCUCUGCGACCCCGGCACUGGGCGGCUGACGAAGGCCUCGCGGGUGGUGGUGCAGGCAGGUGGCUCCAUCACCUCGCUCUCAGCCCGGGCCUGGGCCAGCCGUGAGGCCCCCGACCCCUCGCUGCUGGUCAACGCCUGCCCUGACCGCCUGCUGCUAUUCCGGGUGGUGGAGGAGGAAGGCUCAGGGGCACCGGGGCUGCGGCUGCGGCGCAGCUUCCCUACACGGCACCGGGAACAGCCCUUGCGCAGCUGCUUCUGCCCCCUCAUGUCCUUCCGGCAGGGUGCCUGCGUGGUGACAGGCAGCGAGGAUGCAUGUGUGCACUUCUUCGAUGUGGGGCGGGCAGCACGAGCCACCGUCAACACGCUGCAGGGCCACGGCGGGGCGGUGCUGGCUGUCGCCUUCAACUGCGACGAGAGCCUGCUGGCCUCCAGCGACGCCACCGGCACCGUCAUCGUCUGGCGCCGCCAGCACGCCUGACUCCCCCCACCUCGUA